AAAAUAAACGUCGAUCGAUGGACAUGAGCUACAACAACCAUCCUAACAACUCCAUCAUGACAAGAAAAACCAAACUCUUCUUUUGGUUUUCAGCCUUCUCUGUUGCACUUCUUUCCAUUCUACUUGCCACCACCACCACCACCAUCCCUUCUUCCUCUUCUCCUAGCAGCCUUAUUAGCAGUGCAUAUUAUAGCUUUGAGCUUGGCGCCAUUUUCAAAAGGGGCCUCAACCAAAGUGGCGUAGAUGUGUUUUCUUCACUCCUUAGGCGCAUUAUCCGUAGGAGAGGCCAUCACCACCACCGCCGUGGGAGGGGGCGUGGGGAUGUCUGCGACGAGGCCAAGUGGUUUUCUUGGCUCGUCUCAGGCUACAACAUCUCUCUUGUCUUCACGGUGGAUUUGAAUGGAUGCGCAAACUUCAGUAGUGUGCAGAAGGCAGUAGAUGCUGCUCCUGACCGUAGCCCCACUAGGACUCUCAUCUUGAUUGAUUCUGGCGUUUACAGGGAGAAGGUGGUUGUGGGAACUAACAAGACAAAUUUAAUAUUCCAAGGCCAAGGUUAUCUCAAUACAUCCAUAGCAUGGAAUGACACUGCAAACUCCACAGGAGGGACGGUUUACAGCUCCUCAGUUGCCAUUUUUGCUUCCAACUUCAUAGCUUAUGACAUUAGCUUUCAGAAUACAGCUCCUUCAGCAUCUCCUGGUGAUGUCGGUGGUCAGGCAAUAGCACUGAGGAUUGCAGGUGACCAAGCUGCAUUUUAUCGUUGUGGCUUUUAUGGCGCCCAAGACACGCUUCUGGAUGAUAGGGGGAGGCAUUACUUCAAAGAAUGUUUCAUCCAAGGCUCCAUAGACUUCAUAUUUGGGAAUGCCAGAUCUCUUUAUGAGGAUUGCACAAUCGACUUGAUAGCUAAGAAGGUUUCCGUGGGAAUCAGUGGAGCUAUCACAGCACAUGGGAGGCAGUCCAUGAAUGCGAGAACUGGGUUUUCCUUUGUGAAUUGCAGCAUUGGUGGAACAGGAAGGGUGUGGCUGGGACGAGCUUGGGGAGGCUUUGCUUCAGUUGUCUUUGCCAGAACAUUCAUGGCGGACAUCAUAGCUCCAGAAGGAUGGAACGAUUGGAAUGACCCCUCUAGAGACCAGUCUGUGUGUAUGUGUGACAGGAAUGUCUUCUUUGGGGAAUACGAGUGUGUAGGACCAGGAGCAAACUACACGCUCAGGACAUCAUACAGUAGACAACUGAGCCAUUCUGAGGCAGCUCCCUUCAUUGAUAUCUCUUACAUUGACGGGAAUCUGUGGCUUCUUCCUCAGGGAAAUGGUUCAUAAUCUGAUCCUCCUGUUCGCCAUCGACACAGAGGCUUCUUCUUGCAGACAUACUAAUUUAUUAUUGCAGUAAUAUAAUCUUGGGCUACAUAUAUAAAAUGGAAACAGGAAGCUUGAUCAGACUUGUAAUUUAAGCUAAAUGAUGAUAUUAAGAUGAGUCAGGAAUUCAGAAAUUAAUCAAUUAUA